UUGGCGCCGGCGUUGGCCGCCUACCUGUCCCCGCAGCGACGCGGCUUCCCCGGGCCCAUUCACCACGCGGCCAAUCGCUUCAGGUACUUACAUCCACCACUUUCUUCGCCAGUCUCCAGAUAUUCUCCACUGGCGGGCGACAUUCUCGCCAAUCCGCUGAUUGCGGCAAAUGCGACGCUGAACGGCGGCGCCGGCUGGUGCAUCUUUGUCUACAACCUCGCCCCGGACACUGAGGAGUCGCUGCUCUGGCAGCUAUUUGGCCCCUUCGGCGCCGUCCAGUCAGUGAAGGUGAUCCGCGACCUGCAGUCAAACAAGUGCAAGGGCUUUGGCUUUGUGACGAUGACCAAUUACGACGAGGCGCUGGUGGCCAUUCAAAGUCUGAACGGGUACACACUGGGCAAUCGAGUGCUGCAGGUGUCCUUCAAGACCAGCAAGUGCAAGACUAGCUAA